GUUCUCAUUUCGUGUUUGGGUGUAUCCGUGUGUUUUAAAAAAACGCAGACCCCCUUCACGUACCUUUGUUUUGACUUGGAAAAAGUCUUCUCUCUCUCCCCCCCUCUCUCUUCCUUAUUUGACCCACUUCACUCUCUCUUUCUCUCUCUAAAACACAACCUUCCACCUACUAUCUUCUUGCUUGCUUCCUUCCUUCAUUUGUUCAGCUUCUCCUACUAUAAAUUCAUUUGCUUCACACCCCCACUUCCUCAUUCACUCUUCUUUCUAAUUCCAGAUUCCCGAUACACUUCUUACCCUUCACUCUCUCUCCAAUAAGAAUGGCUUUAGAGGCUCUCAAUUCUCCCACUACUGCUCCGACUUCUUUCACCUACAAGCACGAGGAAGAAGACGAGGAGCUUGAUCUUCACUGGGCUAAGGGCAAGCGAACCAAACGACCUCGUUUUGACUCCAAUAACCCUCCUUCUGAGGAAGAGUACCUUGCUCUCUGUCUCAUAAUGCUCGCCCAAAGCGGCCACAACAACAACGCCGCCGCCUCCUCCUCCUCCUCUCCGCCGCGUCCUUCUCCUUCACCGUCGCCUCCUAAUCCUGUGAAGCCCUCUCAUAGGUGUACCGUCUGCAAUAAAGUCUUCUCCUCUUACCAAGCGCUCGGGGGCCACAAGGCGAGCCACCGUAAGUCCUCCUCGGAGUCCACCGCCAACGCUUCCACCGCCGCCGACAACGCUUCCACUUCCUCUGGUGCUGGCACAGGAAGGAUGCACGAGUGUUCCAUCUGUCACAAGGUCUUCCCUACCGGUCAGGCCUUGGGUGGACACAAGAGAUGCCACUACGACGGCGGCAACGCAAACAGCAGCAGCGCCGGCGCCGGUGUGUCCUCAUCGGAGGGAGGCGCUGCGUCUACUGUAAGCCUCCGCGGGUUCGACCUAAACCUGCCGGCACCGCUGAUGGACUUAUCCCCGGCAGGAUUCGGAGACGAAUCUGGGAUGAAGAUGGGCGUAGAGCAAGAGGUGGAGAGUCCGUUGCCGGUAGGAGCCGGCAAGAAGAGAAGUCGGGUGCUUUUUCCGAGUGAAGCAGACGAUGUAAAGCCACCGUCGUCUGCGUUGUUGCAGAAUUGAUAGGGUUGUUGUGUUAGAAUACAGUGAAUGAAUUGAUGAAUUGAUUUGUAAUAUCAGUUUCUUUAUUGAUUGAUUAGGAUCAGACAGACUUUGAUUUCUUUUUCACUUGUGGCUUCUUCUCGUUACUCUCUGUACAGACAUAUUUGUUCAUUGCUUUUUUGGCAUCAAAUAAAUUUACCGCUCUCGUUUUUAUUUA